AAAAAUAAUUUAAAAUAGAAAAAUGUUCUAAAAAUUAUUUGGUACAGCCCCUCAACCGGAAUAAAAGCCACCUGAGCCUAAGAAAUUUAACUAAUUAUCAAAAGAAGAAUUAGCCUAAGUCCAAAAAGAUUUCAAAAAGAAACUCUAAAAAGAAGUUCGUGAAAUCGAAAAGGAGAUAUUUAAAAUAGAAUUUUAAGGAAAAUAAUCAUAAUAAAACUUAGUAAAAGAGAUUAAAAAAGGUGAAAAAGGAGAUAAGUUUAUUAAAUAAACUUAUGCAAAGUAAGUACUUUAAACAUAAAAAUAAAAAGAAAGAUACUUAAAUAAUAAAGCUAAAGUCAUGUCUCUUUAGUAUAGCUUAGAUAACUUUUUCGCCUAAAUAAAAUUCGCUUAGACAAUGCAAUAAACUGGUUCAAUAAUGAAAUAAAUAAAUUAAUGUAUGAAUAUUAAAGAAUUAGCUGUUGGUAUGGCUGAUAUGUAAAAAGAAAUGUUAAAAAUGGGAUUAACUGAGGAAAUGAUGAAUGAUGCUAUGGAAGCAGCUGAUGAUAAUAUGGAAUUAGAGAAUGAAUAGGAAGUUGAUAAUAUAAUUAAUUAAAUAGAAUAAUAAGUCAAAUAACCUGGAAAUAAAAAUAUAAAUGUUUAACCUUAAUAAUAGUAAAGCUAAGAAUAGUUAGAUGAUGAUUUUGAUGCUUAACUGGCAGCUCUUAAAAAUUGA